CUACACCAUGCGUAGAUUUUUAUCCAAUGAUAAAAGCAGUAUAAUACAGUCGAAUAAUAUUAUGGCAACUCUGACAGAAAGUGCGAUAAAUGAUAAAUGAUAAUCAGCUGUUGUUAAAAAAAUGUGCUUAUGUAUAUAUGUAGCAGUAUGUAGUGUUUUUUUAUUGCCGGUUGCAGUUGAUAAUUUUGGAAGUAUAUAAAACAAUACAACACUUGUUUAAAAUUUAAAAACAUAAAUAAAUAAAUAAAUAAACAAACAAACUGUCAAGUGUGGAUAUAUUAGAUUUUAUCAAGUGAACAUAAAAAUAUUAAACACCAUGUGGCAAAGAAGAUUGUUGAUUACAAAAUGUGAUGAAGUAACAUCUCUUCUUGAAUGGAGUCGUAAUAUAAUUUUAAAAAGAUAUUCAACUGAAGUAUGUAGAACUAUUGUAAAUAACACAUCAAACUCAUGUACAAAAAUACCAGAACAAUCAGCUGAAAAUGACAUAUCCAACACAAAUUGCCAAGUGACACCACCACCACCACCAUAUUCAGAAGAUACUCCAACAUAUUCCAGAGUACCAAUCCAAAUAAAACGCUAUAAAGAAGAUGAUCCAUCAGUAAUGAUGUUUCCAGGACAUGGUGUAAUAAAAGUAGGACAAAUAAGAGAAUAUCUUGAAUUAUCAAGAGUCAAAGACAUGUUUAAAACAGCUAAUAAAAUUCUUGGAUAUGAUAUUUUGGAUAUAUGCAUUCAGGGACCUCAAGAAAAAUUAGACAGAAUUGAAUAUAAUCAACCUGCUACAUUACUUCAGUCAUUGGCUGCUGUUGAAAAACUAUGGGAAAAAAAAUCAAAAUCUUUAAAUUCAUGUAAAAAAGUACUUGGUUAUAGUGUUGGUGAAAUAACAGCUUUAAUUUUUGCUGGUUCAAUAUCAAUUGAAGAUGGUAUAAGGUUAGCGGGUGUACGAGGAAAAGCAAUGCAAGCUGCAUCAACAAAUUCAAAACAAGGAAUGAUAUCUGUUAUUUUAAAAUCAGAAGCUAAAACAUCAACUAUAUGCAAUGAAGCAACAAAAUGGGCAAUGGACAUGGGUGUCUCUGAGCCAGUCUGCAGUAUUGCUGUUCAUCAAAGUCCAAAAGUAAAAAUAAUUGCUGGUCAUGACGAAGCUCUUAAAUACAUUGAAAAAAAUACUGUUGCUUUUAAUAUACGUAAUUUUGAACGUCUUCCAAUUAAUGCAGCACUUCAUACAGCAUUGAUGGAGCCAGCAUUACGAUCAUUAAGAAAAGCACUUGAUAAAGUUGAUGUUGAAGAUCCAAGAAUUCAAGUUUAUUCAAAUUUAAAAGCUAGACCUUAUGAUACAAAAGAUGAAGUUAAAAAAUAUUUAUUGUAUCAAAUUGUAGCACCAAUUAAAUGGGAACAAAUAUUACAUCUAACAUAUAAUAAUCAAAAAAAUUUAGAUUAUAUACCACGUACAUUUGACAUGGGUUCUGGUGGUUCAAUGAAAUCAAUUAUUGAAAAAUUUAAUUUAAAAGCUGGAGCAGCAUGUAUUGCUAUUUAA